CUGCCACAAUUCAAGCUCAUGUCCUGCUGACAGUUACAUCAAUCUUACCAUCGUUCGAGGCAGAACCGGAAGAAUGGCCGCAUCUCAAGAACUUGGCAUUAGCCGACCCUGAUUUUCUCAUCCCGCGGCCAGUUGACAUCCUCAUCGGCGCAGACGCUUACGGGCAAAUCAUCAAGCCCAAUAUCAUCAGGCAUUCUCCACUCAUGCCGAUAGCGCAACUCUCCAUCUUCGGAUGGCUCGUUCUUGGAUCAGACAAUAGGGAAGCAACACGCACGUCAACGCAUCAUGCUGCUACUCAAUUCAACGAGGAUGCUCUUAUUGAGUUAUUGACGAAAUUUUGGAAUCAAGAGGAGGUGCCUACUCACGAUGUCACUCAGCUCACACCUAACGAGCAGAGGUGCGAGAAGCACUUCAAUACUACACACUUUCGUGAUUCUCCAGAGAGGUACAUCGACAGGAUUCUACUCAAUUCACCAGACGAUCUUUUGGGUGAUUCUUACAACGUCGCUCAUCAAUGUCUGAAGGGAUUACGCAGACGAUUCUCAAGGGAUUCAUCGCUCACAUUUCACCUGACACAUCACGGUGUUCUCAAGCCGGCCAGUACUACAGCGAAACUGCGGGUGGUUUUCAAUGGCUCUAGCGCAUCCAGAUCAGGCUACCCGGUCAACUACCUCAUGUACACUGGAGCAAAGCUACAUCUGAACAUCUCAGAUGUUCUACCUAGGAUACGUAGACAUCGUCACAUUUUCGCUACGGACAUCACCAAAAUGGACAGACCGAUCCAGAUUCACAAGGAUGACUGA